GCCAACUGUGUUCUUGGCAAAGAUAGUGUAACGUUGAAUGCUUGUGAUAAAGAGUUCAAAUCAUUCAAGAACUGUUUGGAGUUAGCUGCGAAAAAUUUGAAAACUCGUUUGUGAAACAAGUUUAAAAUUCAGUAGAAUAUGGAGGGAGGCACUAAGUUGGUUAAACAAAUUCUCAGUAUAGAUUAUAAAAUUCAAAUAAUUUUUGCUCUAGCUAUACGAAUUUUAUUGAUUGCUUAUAGUGUCUAUCACGAUUCUAUAUUUACUGUACCAUAUACUGAUAUUGAUUAUAAAGUGUUUACAGAUGCUUCACGUUAUGUACUCGAAGGUAAAUCGCCUUUUGAGAGACAUACAUACAGAUAUUCCCCUUUAUUAGCUAUUAUAUUAACUCCAAAUAUACUUGUUUCUUCUUUAUUUGGAAAAUUUCUGUUUUCUGUAAUCGAUUUGUUUGUAGGUUUAUUAAUUAGAAAAAUUAUUUUAUAUAAUAUUCAAGAAUAUUAUGAAUUCAUGCAAAAGAAUAAGUUCUACCUUAAAAUGCGUAGUAAGUAUAUUAAAAAUAUCUCAGAGAAUGACCAAAAUUUCUGCAAUAUCACUAUUGCAGCCAAUACCGGUAUGGUAGUUUGGCUUUACAAUCCUUUAACUAUUGCAAUAGCAACAAGAGGAAACUGUGACUCUAUUGCUGGAUUUUUAGUUCUAUCUUCGAUAUUAUGCAUUCAGUGUAAAAAGAUGUAUUUCUUGGCAGGUGUCAUGCAUGGUUUGGCUAUUCAUUUUCGAUUAUAUCCAAUUUUUUAUAGUUUAACUUUCUUCAUGUACUUGAGUGAUUAUUCAUUCUAUGUAGUGCCAAAAGAAGAAAAUGAAACUGAUGUCAAAAAGACAAUUUUCAAAAAAAAAUAUUUAUUCUAUCUAAUACCAAAUAGGAAUCAGAUGUCUUUGAUUGCAGGAUGCGUACUUUCUCUCUCUUUCUUUAUUACUAUUUUUUACUACUUAUAUGGAUAUGAAUUUCUUCAUGAAACCUAUUUGUAUCAUUUUAUUCGUAAAGAUACACGCCACAAUUUCUCUUUGUACUUUUACCUCCAAUACUUAACUGCUUAUAUAAAAAAUAUUCCUAUUUGGCAGAAAGUAUUGGUCAGUCUACCGCAGUUAGUAUUACUUGUAGUGCUAUCUGUAAAGUACGGCUUAGAUAGGGUUAGUAUGAACUUUGGGAUUUUAAUUCAAACGAUAGUUAUCGUUUCUUUCAAUACUGUUUUGACCUCCCAAUAUUUUGUUUGGAUCAUGGUAGUUUUGCCGAUUUGUCUCUGGCAAAUUAAAACUACCCUCCGAGCAGCGUUUUUUUGGAUAACCAUUUGGUUUUUGGCGCAGGGCGCAUGGUUACUUCCAGCGUAUCUGUUGGAAUUCAAGGGACAGAAUACUUUCAUUUUCAUUUGGCUACAGAGUGUGGCGUUUUUUUGUGCGAAUAUCGCUAUAUUAGGUAGGCUCAUAAUGCAUCAUAAGCCUUGCAAUCUUGAAAUAUUCGGGAAAAUGUCUUGAAUUAAUGUUUCAAUGGAAUUAGUUUGUACUGUGUAGAAUUCUCAGAAAUAAAGGUUUGUUUCAACUUA